AUGAUCUUCAAACAUUUUCUAUCUAUCUAUCUAUGGUUAUUAUCUAUCUAUCUAUCUAAGGUUAUUAAUUAUCUCUCUCUAUCUAUCUAUCUAAGGUUAUUAAUUAUCUCUCUCUAUCUAUCUAUCUAUCUAUCUAUUAUUAAUCUAUCUAAGGUUAUUAAUUAUCUCUCUCUCUAUCUAUCUAUGGUUAUUAAUUAUCUAUCUAUCUAUCUAUAUUGUCCUAUCUUUGUCUAUCUAUCUAUCUAUCUUCAUGAGUUCAAAACUUUAUUAUCAUCUAUCUAUCUAUCUGGUUCCCAUAUUACAAACCAUCUAUCUAUCUAUCUAUCUAUCUAUCUAUCUAUCUAUCUAUCUAUCUAUCUAUCUAUUAUCUAUCUAUCUAUUAUUAUCUCUCUCUAUCUAUCUAUCUAUCUAUCUAUCUAUCUAUCUAUCUAUCUAAGUAAACUUAUCUAUCUAUCUAUCUAUCUAUCUAUCUAUCUAUCUAUCUAUCUAUCUAAGGUUAUUAAUUAUCUCUCUCUCUCUCUAUCUAUCUAUCUAUCUAAGCUAUUUAUCUAUAUAAGCUUAUUCAUUAUCUAUCUAUCUAUCUAUCUAUCUAUCUAUCUAUCUAUCUAUCUAUCUAAGCUAUUUAUGUAUUUAAACGCAUAUAAAUAUACCGGGUGUUCCUAA